GUUAGUUUAAUGUAUGUCUGUGAAUGUGUGUUUUAAUAAAGUAAAUGAAUAUUUAUGCAUUCACAUUCUGCAUCUGUGACUUAAGAAACAAUGUUAAGUUUUAAACAAGCCUUUAUUCAACGUGCGUUUCUUACUGGUUUAAUUGGCAUUGUUUCUGUUUUGGGGGAUAAAGGUUUACAGAAUGGCAAAAGUGAAAUUGUCCGUGCCAUCUCUGAUAAUUUGACACAUGCCAUAGUUGGUGGUAUUACAUGGACUCUAGUGCUUGUUUUAUCAAAGCAAUCGUUAACUGAAAAUCUAAGAAGGAUAAUCACAUGUUUUUUCAUGUCAUCUUUAAUUGAUGUCGAUCAUUUUAUCACAGCACAAAGUUGGGACAUUAAUGAUGCAACACAUAUCAAUCACAGACCUUUUUUGCACUGUACUACAAUACCAGUGCUUAUAUGGAUUAUUAUGUACUUGAUUUAUAAGUUAUUCAAUAUUCCAAUAUUGAUAACUUAUUCAUGGAUGAUUUUGGCAAGUUUUAUAAGUCAUCAUUUACGGGACGGGAAUAGAAGGGGCUUAUGGUUUUGGCCAUUUGGUUCAACCCAACCUAUUCCGUAUUAUUUAUAUUUAAGCCUUUGCAUGGUUUUUCCAUAUUUCAUAUAUUGGAUAAUGAACUGGCAAUUAACAAAGCAUACGGAAGAAUUAUUACUGAUUAUUUAAUUACUUGAUUGUAAUGAAAAGAUACUGAAGAAUUCAAUAUAGA